UUACCUUAUAAGGCGAUGAUAAAAAUUUGUAUUAGACUGGAUUGGUUAAGUUGAAGUUGUGAUUAUAGACCAUUAACUCAUCUCGUCUAUUUUUCGUACGAUUAGUCAUAAAUUUUUUGUCUGUUGUUGUGGGUUCUGAUAAAACUUACAUUUGUUGGUAACUUUUAAAAUGUUUGUGUAGUGAAAGUUUGAAAUUUGUAUUCAUAAUAAGUAUAGCCUAGAUAAACCUUUUGUUUUUUAUUUAAUAGAUUUUGAGGCAUAAACAACUUUGUGUUCUGUCAGAAGUAAAUUAUAGGACAUAAAUUUUGAAAUUAUUUACUGUAUAAUUCACAAAUCAAACUAGACAUGGGGCUUACAGGUUGCUAUGGAAUACUUAAAUACCUUGUAUUCUUCGUCAAUUUAGUGUUUUGGAUAACUGGUCUGACAAUAAUAGUUCUUUCAAUAUGGAUGUUGACGGAUCCAACUUUUUAUAUGAGCAUGGCACAGGAUGAGUCGAGCUACUACACUGGCGUCUAUCUCUUCCUGGUUGUUGGUACACUCAUGUUCAUUGUGGGAUUCUUGGGCUGUUGCGGCGCCAUCAAGGAGUCUCAGUGCAUGCUGGUUCUAUUUUUCUGCCUGCUGCUGAUAAUUUUGGUGGCUGAAAUAUCAGCUGGAGCCUGGGCCUACAGUAACAGUGAACAGCUGGAACAGCUGGUACAGGAGAGUGUCAAGAAUACAGUUCAGAAAGAGUACAGUGUUGUUGACAGUAGGACUCAGACAUUCGAUGCGAUACAACAGGGACUCGGCUGUUGUGGAGCCAACGGUCCCUCUGACUGGGCCACUAGCAAGUUCAACAACGCCGAUCAGCAAGGUAUCAACCUGGCAGUGACCUCUCCGCUAAUCCUGCACAAAUUGCCUGCCAGCUGCUGCACUCUGCCUGAGGGCAGUGAGGAGUGUCAGAAUCUCAAGACGGGUAUUGGCAUGCCAGAGAGCAAGGACAUAUACUCAGAGGGUUGCACAGAUAAGCUACAGAACACCUUGCGGGACUACAUGAGCACAGUUGUAGGUAUCGGUGUGGCUGUGGCCAUUGCUCAGUGUCUGGGGUUGUCCUUCUCUCUAGUCCUGUGCUGUGCCAUCCAACAGAGGGACAGAUACUCAGCUGUAUGUAUUGUUACAGGGUUGCACAGAUAAGCUACAGAACACCUUGCGGGACUACAUGAGCACAGUUGUAGGUAUCGGUGUGGCUGUGGCCAUUGCUCAGUGUCUGGGGUUGUCCUUCUCUCUAGUCCUGUGCUGUGCCAUCCAACAGAGGGACAGAUACUCAGCUGUAUGUAUUGUUACAGGGUUGCACAGAUAAGCUACAGAACACCUUGCGGGACUACAUGAGCACAGUUGUAGGUAUCGGUGUGGCUGUGGCCAUUGCUCAGUGUCUGGGGUUGUCCUUCUCUCUAGUCCUGUGCUGUGCCAUCCAACAGAGGGAC